CUGAGAUGCAACUGCCUCAACUGCCUGUGAUUGUGAGCUUUCUUGAUUCCAACCCCAUCAUUUAUUGAAUUGCGUUGCAAUAAAUCCAACAUAAAAUCCCAAGUUGAAUUUCCAAUGAUUAAAAUUAAGUGACUCGUUAAGUGAUAACUGCUAAAUUGCCAUACUUAAAGUGUAUUGGAAAGUGUGGAGUGUGUGGAUACUAAGACUAGGAAUUGGGCUGGGAAGCAUUUAUUCACAGACACAACUUCAUAAAAAUGGAUUUAUCAGAUUACUUGAAAAUGAGAUACAAUGAAAUGCAUAGGACGACCAAACUCAAACCCUCAAAUAACAUUAACAAACAAGAAAAGGCAGAAAAACGAAAAACAAUAAGAGCCCAGCAUCUUCUCGCCCGACGAAAUAUCGACGACGAUAUGAGCCCUUAUUGUACCCCACUCGUCGAGAAAAAAGCUUCACAGAAUGCUGCACCUAAAAGAACCCCGAGGGUAGCUGAUACGAAUAGGCUGAAAUUGUUAGAAGAAUGGAAAGUGAAAAAAGCUAAAGAAAAACAAAUGGAGAAAGCAAAACAAAAACCAAUAUUUAAAGUUGCACAUAUAGAAUCCAGUUUGUCAAUAAAUUUAGAAAAUGUGAAUAAGAUGAUCAAGGGCCAACUUAUUAAAAAAUCACAAUUUGCGCCGGAAAAUCACAAAUUUAGGGCUCCCAGUGGCGUUAAGCCAAUAGAAUUUAGGUGUCAAAGUAAUCUUAGCAAGGCUUUAAGUAAUGCAUCCAAACCAAGUAACAAAUUUCAAAAAGCUUCAUAUAGAUCCGAAUCAGUAAGAAAUAAGAAUACUGUAGAUGGAAUAGGGCAAAAGACUCUUGUAAAAAAUACAAAUUCAUCAGGAAGUAACACAAAUAUUGUCAAAACUAGAAGCGCCACCAUAAAACCCGCAGAAGGAUCCAAGAGCAAUAAACAACCAACAAGAAAUGCAAAAAUGAUUGAUAAACCUCCUGGACCAUCUGCUUACAAUACCAGAGCUAAUGUUAGAGCCAAAAUUGAGAGUACAAGUAGUAGUAGUUUGGAACAAAAUAAGGCUAAGAACACACCAAAACCUGCACCUAUACCAAUUGGAAAAUAUGUUAGUGGUUCCAAUAAGCCUAACAAGUUAGAAUCGAAAACCAAAAAGACUAGCACAGUUGAAAAUAGUAAAUCCCAAACUACACCCAAGACUGGAUUAAAAAAUGAACCCACAACUAUUAAUCGAGAACCAAAUAAGGCAAAGACUACACCCAACUUUGUCGCUCAGAAUGUGAAAAACAGUAGUGCAGAUAAACAUUCCAAAUUAGGAUUAAAUGCAUCAAAAACUUGCACAAAUUCUAGCACAGUUAAAAAUAGUAAAUCCCAAACUGCACCCAAGACUGGAUUGAAAAAUGAACCCACAAAUACUAAUCGAGAACCAAAUAAGGCAAAGACUACACCUAACUUUGUCGCUCAAAAUGUGAAAAACAGUAGUGCAAAUAAACGUUCCAAAUUAGGAUUAAAUGCAUCAAAAACUUGCACAAGUUCUAGCACAGUUAAAAACAGUAAAUCCCAAACUACACCCAAGACUGGAUUGAAAAAUGAACCCACAACUACUAAUCGAGAAACAAAUAAGGCAAAGUCUACAACUAACUUUGUUGUUCAAAAUGUGAAAAACAGUAGUGCAAAUAAACGUACAAGGACUAGCAAAGUUAACACUACACCAAUGACUGUACUGGGAAUACGAAGCGCAGACACUAGUAAAAACAAAACUCCUGAAAAUAUUAAGGAUGCAAAUACUGAACUGCUAGGAGCUGCUUAUAUUAGUCCUUUUGUAACUGUUUCAAGAGGUAAAAGAAGUGCAAGAGAGGAAUUCAAAGCACGUAAAUCGUUGAACAAAAAUCCCAUAACUACAACACCAGACAAUCCUAAUACAAGUGCUCAAGCAGGAGCCAAAUACUUUAUGGUGAAACUGGACUCUGAAAUCGUCAGAAUAAAUGCGAAAUGCAGCGAAUGGGAGAAUUAUUUAUUAGAUCCAGAGUUGCCAGAAGAAGCACAAUCGUCGAUUGGUGUGACCAUUGGCCAAUCCAAGUUACUGGUUUCAAAAAAAUUCGAACAGUUCCGUGGCUUAAUCAAACAGUGCAUGACACAGAAUUACGAAGAAAAGGAAAUUACUUGCGAGGAUUUGCAUGGAUUUUGGGACAUGGUUUAUAUGCAGGUUGAAAAUUUGGAUGUGAGAUUUGAGAAUCUACAUAAGCUUAAGGACAAUAAUUGGAGCGAGUUGUUGCCAGAAACGGCAGAAGCUGCUAAGAAACCUAAAGGACCUGUCAAGAAAACUAAAGUAAAAAAACCGGAAUUAAAAACUCGUACUGGCAUAAGAGAUAUGAUAAAAGCAGCUAGAGCAAAACAACAAAAAGGUGAUGUUCAAGAAGAAAACGUUUUCAGUGGUGGGUACUUUGAAGUUAGGACUCCUGUAAAAGACACAAAAAAUACCCCAAGGUCGUCGACAAGUAAAAGAAGGAGCAGAUUGUCGGCAUUAACAUCAGAGCAUACUUCCAGCUGCAAAUAUUCGCCUUCAGGUUUAACUUUAAUGAAAUUAUCGCAAUCUAUAAAACAUAAUAACGGUUUAACGCCAAGUAAGAGCAUUUUGAAAGUAAGUGGCAGGAAAUCCACAGGAAUAAAAAAGGUUGUGUUUGAAGAUACUAUAAGUAAGAAAAAUAUAAGAAAAACCAUUCUUUUCUCAAAGAAUAAUAUAGAUAAUACCAAUGUUGAUGUUGACGAUGGAAAAAUUAGUACUAAUGAAAAUGACAAGGAAAAUACUCCUGUACGAAGAUCUUCAAGAUUACUGAAUCGAACUCAUGAAUAGUAGAUAAGUUGACUUGACUUCCAAUGUUCUGUUCUGUACAGAAUAUUUGACAUUCUGUGCAUGUUCCAGCAUUGCAUUGUUCAUUUUGUCUAUUGAAUUACCAAGUGACUAUGUUUCAAUUUAUUUUCCUCUUUUGAUUACAUAGUAAUAUAAGCUUGCCAUUAAAAAAUAUUCUGGUUUAUUAGCAGACGUAUAUAUUUAAUAGUUUCAAAAUGUGCCUUGUUUGUAUUGUAUAUAUUUAUUUUGUGUUUAUUUUUAUUUUUUAUACUAUUUUUUUACUUUAAUGGGUUGGAAAAAUAAAUGACUUGAUUAAUGCCAAUCUUUAAGACUUAGAACCGGUUUCUCAAAAGCAAGUAACCCCUGGGUUAAGCAUAAUUCCAGGGUAAACAUGGCAGCUGGACACGCUUACUUUGGAGUUAAAAACAACUCGAAGGUGACUCGCUAUUGAGGAACUGGCCCUUGCGGGCCAAGCUCAUAAAUAUUUUUAUCCCAUUUUGACGUUUAAAACUGACAUUAUUGAACGCAUAACAAUAAAGGUAAGUAGACGUUUAUCACGUCAGUGACUUAAAAAGUUUUUAACUCACUCUCAGCAUUUUAAGUCACUCUGCCCAACUAAAAAUCUUACAUCUCAGUGAUUUGAAAUAUUUUUAACUCACUCUCGGCAUUUACCUUGUACUUUAUUUUUUAAAUAUCCACAAAAUGGUAUAAAAUUUUGUAUACAUCACGUGAGUUAAAAUGUUUAUUCAUUCGAAGAAAAUUAACCCACUCGCUAAAGCUCGUGGGCUAAACUUUUUUCUCAUGAAUAAACAGUCAUUUAACUCACUUGGUGUAUAAAUAACUAUUCUUUUUAGAUAAACAUAUUUUUAUUUAGUUUUUAAUUUUAGGAACGUGUGUGCCAUGUUUUUGUUUGGUUCUCGUGUUUAUUUUUUUCGAGUGUUUUUUUAUUUUAAUAUCUAGUUAUAAUGAUUGAGAACAUUUCAUUUUUGUGUGUAAAUAUGAAUAUGAAAAUAAAACUGAUUACAUUCAA